AUGGAAAAUGAGGAGAAGUUGGCCAGAUCGCAGACUGUAGCAACGGAAUCUCCACUACAGCCAGUCAAUGAGGUCGACAUUCCAGACUAUGUUCACUACAUCAUUGCCAGCUGUAUUUUUGUGAUCGGUACCACAGGAGUUUUGGGGAACAUGUCCGUGGUGUAUGCAUUUUACAGCAACAAGAAGUUGAGGACUCCACCAAACUUCUUCAUAAUGAACCUGGCAGUCAGCGAUCUCCUGAUGACUGUCUCGCAAUCACCAGUUUUCUUCAUUAGCAGUUUAAGCAAGCGAUGGGUAUUCGGUGAUAUUGGCUGUGAACUCUACGGUUUCUGUGGAGCACUUUUUGGGAUUACAUCCAUGAUCACUUUAAUGACGAUAACUAUUGACCGCUACCGGGUUAUUACCAAACCGUUGCAAACAAUUGGCUUAACAACCAAGAAGAAUAUCCAGCAGAUUAUUCUUGCUGUUUGGCUCUACUCACUUGCAUGGAGUCUCCCUCCACUGUUUGGAUGGAGUUCCUACAUCCUUGAAGGUUUAAUGACUUCCUGUACCUGGGAUUACUUGACAAUAUCUCCCUCCCACAGGAGUUACACUUUAAUGCUGUGCUGCUUUGUAUUCUUUGUGCCUCUGCUUGUGAUUUCCUAUUGCUACAUAUUCAUGUUCAAGGCCGUUAAGAGCAGAUGCAGGGAUAUUGAGAAGAUGGGAGGUCAUAGAAGAAGCAUAUACGCUAGCCAGCAACAAACCCUGCACAACGAAUGGAAACUGGCCAAGAUCGCUUUUGUAGCCAUCAUUGUGUUUAUUUUCUCAUGGUCACCAUAUGCAUGUGUUGCAUUAAUUGGUUGUGCAGGAUAUGGUGAAAUUCUGACUCCGUAUUCAAAAUCAAUUCCUGCUUUACUAGCUAAAGUUUCUGCCAUUUGCAACCCAAUAAUUUAUGCAAUAAUUCACCCUAAAUACAGGGCAACAAUUGCAAAAGGUAUUCCUUGCUUUUGCUUUUCGAUAUGUGCAGCAAAGAAAGAUGUAGCAUUUGCUUCAACCAAGGAUUUCUCAGUGAAAGGAUUAGACCUCAGCACCCAGUACUUUGCUUUGAAUACCUCUGUUUUAUCUUCAUUCUCCAGUGGGGAAACUGAGCCCCCAUCAAACAGUCCUGACCCAAAGAAACUGGGAACUCCUGCACUCGUCCGGGAGUGGAAGCUGGUGUCUGGCUCCUUGAGUCUUGCCUUUGCCCCGUUUUGGAUGGGGAGCCACAGGAAGACGCAGUACUGCGAAACCUCUGUCACAGAAAACGCCGAGAGUCCAGGGGAAGACGAGGUUGAUGUCUUUAGUGACUUUACCAUUCCUCGAGUUGUUGUAAUUACUAACUCAGAGGUUAAUUUGUACGAGGAUAUUCUCCCUGGAGGAAAGGACGAUUUACCUGGUUUGAAUUGUCAACCUGAAAUAUAA